AUUUAAUACAACUUAUUUUACAGAUGAAGAACCUAAGACUCUUAGAGGACAAAAACUUUCCCAAACUCACCCAGUCGGUAAAUCUCUGAGGCAGGAAUAAACCCAGGUCUCCCAAGCCCAGCUGGAUAGCUGCCUAGCACUCUCACCAUGCCAGCUGGUGAGUGGUCAGGUCCCUUUCAUCCUUUAAGUUCUGGUUCUGCUACCUCCCCAGGCUGGCUGCUGAGCCCCUCACCUGGUUUCCUUUGGACCCCCUCUUUGGUACCUGGGGCAUAUGGGCUUCAAUAGUUUUUCCCAAAGGGUAACCCCCCAUUCCAUGUGGCCUUGGAAAAUCGGAAAGUAUGAGUACAUGAGCCCUGCCCACCCACCCGUCACUGGGGCAGGAAGGGGGUGGCCGGGGAAGGGGGCGGGGCAGCGUGGCUUCAAGAAGCUCUUGGGGUGAAGUCUGGUACCAGAGCAGCCUUACUUCUCCUGCCCACCUGUCAGGGAAGCCUCAUGUGGUAAGCAGCUGGUUUCCUCCCGAGGAUACCCACAGCAUAACCACCAGAGGCUUCCUCCGGGACGCCCAGCAGGUACUUCCCAGCCCUUUCCUGGGCACAGAAGCCUUUCUCUGGGCACAAGAGCUGGCACUUUCCUGGGCCUAGAAGCCAGGCGAGUUUCUUAAGGCUUGGGCCCAGGCAGUAAGACUGGCACCGAAGCUGGAGACGUACUCGGUAGCCGUGGUUCCAGAGGGCAGAAGGGCCAUGGGGGAUCCUGUGACUCGCCCCUCGGUGUUCGUAGUGGAUGGACAGGCAGACGUGCCCUUCCCCCGGUUGGGAGGGGGCAGGCCCCGGACCUGCCAGGGAGCCCAGCUGGGCCUGGGGCUCCUGCUGCUGCUGGCCCUGAUUGGCGUAGCUGUCGAGGGCUAUUUCCUCUGGCGCUUCCAGUGGGACCUGGUGGCCCUGGUCAAUCCCCUCUCCUUGGAUGGAGGUGCUACCUGGAGCCCUAACCUCUGUUUCUUCCUAGAACGGAGAUCCUAUCAGAACAAGCCAGCUGCUCACCUCACAGGGGCCAACUCAAGCCUGGUCCUGAGGGGUGGACCACUGCUCUGGGAAGCCCACCUGGGCCUAGCUUUUCUUCGAGAUCUGGAUUAUCGAGCAGGGUCACUGGUGUGCACCCAGUCUGGCUACUACUACAUCUAUUCGAAGGUGCAGCUUGGUGGCUUUGGAUGCCCAGGAGGGUCAACGACUAGUGGACAAGUUACCCACGGACUCUACAAACGAACAGCCCGCUAUCCCAAAGAGCUGGAGCUGUUGGUCAGCCGUCGGUCAUCCUGUGGCUGGGCAGGGACCUCAGCCAAAGUCUGGUGGGACAGCAGCUUCCUGGGUGGCGUGGUUCACCUCGAAGCUGGCGAGGAAGUCUUCGUCCGAGUGCCAGAAGAGCGGCUAGUCAGGAUCAAAGAUGGGACCCGCUCCUAUUUUGGGGCCUUCAUGGUUUAAGCUACUUCUACAAACCAAGGGAUUUGUAUUAGAUGAGCUCUGCACUUUCUUCCAGCUCUCAGUGCAAUGGUCUAUGAUCCUAGCUGUGUGAACUUGGGCAAGUCACUUCCUCUCUGGGCCUCAGUUUAUCCCAUCUGUAAGAUGGAAAGAAUCCUUCUAGCUCUCAAUUUUAUGAACUAUGUCUGAUGUCCCCAUCCAGGCAGUAUUUGGGGGGAUGCAGAGGGUGCUUCCAGAGAUUAUAGGUGGAAGUCAGAGCAGAUGCUGAAUUUCCUGACAUUCAGGAUGGGGUUUGGGGGUUCACAGGGUAUUUAUCAUGGAGUUUGGGGAAAGCAGGUUAGGGGGUCUUGUCCAAGGCUUGAAAUUCAUCUACUGUAAUCUAUACAAACACUGUAUGAUCCAACACAGUCAUAGACACAUAUAUGUGUGUGUGUGUAUGUAUGUGUAUAUAAAAUGUGUAUAUAAAAAUAUACACACAUGUAUGUGUGUGUGUGAAUAUAUAUAUAUAUGUACACACAGUUGCAGCAGGGACAUCAGAGACAUCACAUAAAAAUGCACACAAGAAAUAGUCCCACAGUGACAUGCACACCUUACACAGCUAUACACCUCUGAUCCAAAGUCAUGUGCGUCUUAUGCUGCACAUGAAUAAAGCUUUACAAAAGUCACAGUCACAUUUCUCUUACACAGUUAAACACACCCUUUUCUUACACAAUCACACAGUCAUACAUGGAUACACCCAGAGUCACCCAAUUCUGUUUCUGCCUCUCUGUCUCUGUCUCUGUUUCUGAUUCUGUCUCUCUCCUUUUUCUUCUCUCUCUGUAUCUCUCUAGUCUUUCACCAUCUCUUUCUCUCUUCCCUGUCUCUCUCUUUUGCUGUCUCUCAAACACACACACACACACACACACACACACACACACACACACACACACAUCCUGCAGCAGCGUGUCUGGGUAAAGGAUGAAAGUCUCAUCCUCAGAGCCUUUACCCUGAUCCUGGACCUAUCAACUCAAAAAAUAAAAAUCAAAAUGUUUACCUGGAGAUGGGCUCCUAUCUUUGAUUUAUUUGAGGGAAUGAGGGGAAACCAGCUGGAAGAGGAUAGCUUGACACUGGGUGGCUCAGUGGGAAAUGAUUGGGGUUGAGAAGGAGUCAAAUUGUAACUUCCAUAGUAGAAAUGACCCUUGGGAGAGAGAAUAGGUUAAAUGAGACAGGAAUAACUUUUCCUGGAAAACAACAGGAGAUAUCUCUAUCCCCAAUUUGUAGUUGGAAGGACUGAGGAGGACACAAGGAGGAAGAACUAACCUAAAAGAGGACCUUGUUCUCUGAUACUCCGCGAUGGAGAGACAGAAGAACAGACAGGAUGGCCUGUUCCAGAGAAAGUCUGUAAGGUGGGUGGAGGAAGAUGGUAUUCUCCUUUUACAGAUGAAAACAUUAAGGCUGAAAAAGAAAAAAGAACUUUUCUCAAAGACACGAAACAAGGCAGUCAUAAAACUGGGGCUAGACACUGGCUUCCCCUCAGGAGAACAUACCUAUCCCAGUGUGGGGAACAUUUCCCUAUGGCGUGCUCAGACCUCAGCCCCCCUAAACCAUAUCCGUGCCCAGGCAAAGGAAGGAAAGGUCCCUUGUCAGCCAUAUGGCUAAACAUGGAGGGCAGGGGACAUGAGACCCUCUUAGGGUGAUGACAGGUCCCUGAGGGCGCUGCACUCCCAGGUCCCAGCACAAGACCUGGCAUUCAGUAAAUGCUUCAUACGCCAGCACUGAGUCAGAGUUGCAGAGAAAUAAGAUGUAAAAUGUCCAAAUAAUCAUUUAUUACAGAGAUAGGACAGUAGGAAUCUUUCUUCAUUCUAAUUUCUUAGCUCAGGCAUGGA